GAGGGGGCGUUCCAUAAUGGCUGGCUCCACAGGGCCAGUCAAGCGUGGCGUCACCUGCAGCAGCUGCGGACUGCAGCGGGUUCGAAUGCCCACAAGCUGGAGCAUGUAUGAUUGUGGCUUUUACUGCCAGCCCUGUUGGGAGGCAUUCGAAUGCAGCAUCUGUGGCCACAAGGACCCCAAAGGAAAUGAUUUCAAGGGCAACUGGAAUUGCCGAGCCUGCCGCCACAAGAGGUUGGUCAAGGAGAAAAACGUGCCCUCGCACGACACGCUCCAACGGCUGAUCAUCGAAGAAAGCGCAGAGCUCGAAGGCAGCACCCCUGCGCAGCCGAACGCCUUGGACAGAGGCAAGUCCGAUGAGGCUGUCAAGCUGCUGAGCAAGCUGGCAACUGCAGAGGAUGAGAAGGACGCCGAGGCCAGUGACGAAGAAACCUGGGCGGAUGCCGACGUUGUUGGGGAGCUUCCAGCACUUCUGGGCAAAGCCGCCACUGGUGCGACGCAGAAGGCAGACAUUAGCAGGCCCCGGCACAUCGUGCUUGUUCUCGAUGCUUCCGGAAGUAUGCGCCAGCAGGAUGUCGAGGCGGAUGCUGAGACAAGAAGAGAGCUGGGUAACCAAUGUGCAAGCCUCACAAGGCUAGAGGCCGCCGAGCUUUGUGCAGUGAAGUUUGCCCGAGAGCAUGCAAAAGCACGGCCUCAAGAUUUUUUCUCUGCCGUUGCUUUUCAUGAGACGGCCGCAACAAUUUCCAAGAAGCAACUGGCCAACGAGUUUGCUGAAAGCUUUGGACUGGGUGACCGGGCGGCAAAUGGCACCUUCUACCUGCAGGGCCUCAAGGAAGCUUCAACCUUGUUGGAUGAAUUCCCAGACCUUCCUGGGGAGUUGGUGCUGCUCUCUGAUGGCCGGCCUGCAGAUACGAAGGCGGCGCUGAAUUUCUUCCAGGAGACCUUCCUCCAUGGACGGCACUGCAAGUUGCAUGUGCAUGGUAUCGGCUUCGGUACAACUGUGGAAAGCUUUGCACCGCUUCAGCAGCUAGCAUGUCUCAGCGGUGGCACCUUUGCACUUUCGGGCAGCACAGUGCGAGGCUUGUGCCAAGCCUUCUCGUCUGUUUCUUCCACCAUCACAUCUGCCCAAAGCAGCAACUGGAUCAUGGCCGAUGCGGAGGAGAAGCAACCGCAGAAGCAGAAGCCACAGCUCCGGGUUGUCGAUUUCGAGUUGCCAGAGCAGGGGAUCUUUGGCAAGAAGCACGUGAUUCGGCUGCAAGCUGCGCGUACCCACUUCAGCUUUGAUGGGACAACCUUCCGGCACAAGGAGUACGACGCCCGGCCGGUGGUGCGACGCCAACUUCCCUACAUGCGAGGGGGCAUGCGCCUGGUGUACAGUUUCCAAGACGAGUCCGUGUCCAAAGAUGGUAGCUGGAUGGUUGCAAAGUCAUCCCGCUACCUGGAUGCCACCCUGAACUCGAGGAUUGCAGUCGAAGCUCACGCGAAGUCGUCGGCUUUGGCCUCCUACUUUGCAUCCCUCUUCAACGCUAAGCUGCUGGCUUCGGGGGCUACGAAGCCUGCAACGCUGCUCUUUGUGCCCUGCUACCUCUACGAGGCCAAAGGCGACUUGCCGCAAACGGAGCCGCGGUGCUUCGCUGCCGAAAGAUACCUGCCAGGUGUCUUCCUGAAGUACAACUCUAACAACGGCUACGUGGCUGAUGCCCAGCUUCCGCACAACGAUGUGGUGCAGGCGUUCCUGCACUUCACCUUCGAGGAGUCUGGCGGGUGCUUCAUCGUCGCAGACUUGCAGGGCGUGGCACGACAGAGCGAAGUGCUCCUAACGGACCCACAGGUUCUGUCCCUCACCCGUGAGUACGGACCAGGUGACCUUGGUACAGCAGGCUACCUUCGAUGUCUGCACGCCCACCGCUGUAGCUCGGCCUGUAAACGCCUUGGGCUUCAUCCCAUCAAUGCCUCCAAGUUGAGGCAAGUGGGCCGUUCACAGACAGCGGGCUCCACUAACAAUAGCUGGCAGCAUGUGCUCUCCGACAGCAGCUUUUCGGAUUGGGAUCGGGUCAGCGAGCGCGCGGCGGCGGAGUAUGUGCUCGGUGAAGGCCAUCCUCCCACCACUACGAUGUCGGCUUCCUCUUGGGUCCACAUUCUUGACUCCUAG